GGACCGUCUGCGAUUCCCUUCCGAACUGCUUGCAAUUGCAAUGUAACCGCAUCAGCCAGAUCUCGUUCCUCCUCCCUCUCCCUCUCCCUCUCCGCUGACACUUGCACUGCUGUGUUUCAAUCUCAUCUCACUCUUGCUCUUCCCUUUUUCCCUAUCAUCAUCCUUCUCUGUUACUCCUCACUGCGGCCAAGUCUUGGCUACAGUUUCCUUGACAUCCCCCUAACCCUGACGUACUUGGCAAACGUGGCCGCAGCGGCGGUGCUUCGCCCCGGAGCCGCCCAUUAUAUACCGUGUUGCAUGCCCUCGUCAGCCGGUCUUUUCCCCGGGGGCAACUGACCUGGAUUCUUUCUGAUUUCCAUGCGCAAUUUCCACAUGAACAGUCUUUCUUAUACUUGCAUAUUCCUACUGUCCUUUCCGUCUGUCUUAUUCAGUUGCGACCCGCGGUAAACCAGCGGUCUCGUGCAUCGUCGUUCUGUCAACGCGCAAAGUCCAUUCUUUAUUAACUGCAGGGUGUCAACCCUAAGAAAAGACAGUGCGCAACUUUCGGGUUCGAGGGAGGUUAGGGACCCCGAGCUGGUUCUCGACACUCACGAUUCGGAUGAUGAAAUGCCCUUGAAUCGCCCAUCUAUGCAUCGCCCAGCCGACACCCGAGCAAAUCAAUUCUUGCUCAAGGAUGAGCACAGAGGGCGACUGUCAAACGCCAGCCUGGGCCAUGGGGAGGCAGAGGGCAGGCCCAUGCUACACCAUUCACGGCGGCCCACAAUCAGGGGCGUGAGCCCGGAGCGCAAUGCGGAGCAGGAGACUCGGCGCAAGUACAUGAUCGCGUCCGGAUUCCUGUUGUUGAGUCUGGCUAGUUUCGUUGUGCAGACGGAGACCGCGGUAUAUAUUCAGCAUGAGUUGCACUGGGAUAAACCGUACUGCAUGCUCUAUCUUACACAUGGUUCCUGGUCCCUGCUCUGGCCGGCACAGCUCCUCAUUCUCCGCUUGCAGCAACGGAAACUCUCAUGGACGGCAUUCUGGCGACGCCAUGUCUAUCUCCUUCGAACGACAGCUAAGAUGGUGGAGGCUCAAGAUCUACACCUCACUUCUCGUGACUCCCAGCGAUCACCCGUUCGAUACAUGCUCAAAACGACCGCGUUCGUCACCACCGCCCUCACCAUAGCCGGUGGCUCUUGGUAUGUCGCGGUCAACAUGACAACGGCCAGUGACUUGACCGCGAUCUACAACUGCUCCGCCUUCUUUGCCUAUGCGUUCUCCAUACCCCUCCUCAACGACAAGCUUCGCUUUGACAAAGUGUUUGCCGUCGUGGUAGCGAUUGUUGGGGUUCUUGUCGUCGCGUAUGGAGAUAGGGACGAAAGCAAGAAGACUGCAGAUGGCACGGUCGGCAAAGCGCAUGAUGAGGCAGAAAAUAGACUUUUCGGAAACAUCAUUAUCGGAGUUGGCAGUGUGCUCUAUGGAUUGUACGAGGUGCUCUAUAAAAGAUAUGCUUGCCCUCCGGAGGGCACGAGUCCCGGCCGGAGCAUGAUCUUUGCCAACACUUUUGGCAGUCUCAUUGGGUGCUUCACCCUUCUUGUUCUCUGGAUUCCGCUGCCCAUUCUCCAUAUCCUGGGCCUGGAAACGUUCCGCUGGCCCACUGGUGAAGCCGCAUGGAUGCUUAUGAUAUCCGUCCUUGCUAAUGCUACAUUCUCCGGCUCAUUCCUAGUUCUCAUCUCGCUCACCUCUCCCGUCCUCUCAUCUGUGGCAGCACUGCUUACCAUCUUCCUCGUCGCCAUCGCCGACUGGCUCCGGACCGGCCAGCCCCCUUCCGCUGCGGCCAUUAUUGGCGGUAUUCUUAUCAUUGGGGCCUUCUUCCUGCUAAGCUGGAGCACAUACCGAGAAAUGAACGAAGAGCGCAAGAAGAGCAUGGCAAAUGACCAAUCCGAGUCCGACAUCGACGAAUAGACAUCACUUGUUAGACGGGUUAUAUAUAGAUAUAUAUAACCCCUUCCUACCCACUGGUGGAGUUUUGUGUUGUUUCUAUUGGUCGCGCGGAUCGAUUGAUAGCUUUCUGAUAUCGGUUGCCUUCAUCUGUGUAUAUGCAUUUAUUAGGAGUACUUUCACACUUUUGUUACUACAGUAUAUAGAAAGAUAUAGACUUGGGAGGAAACGGUUUCGGGUUAGUUGUACUACUGAAUUAUAAAAAGUCCCCACG